GACCUUUGAGGAGCCCAAUCUUUCUUGUGGCACAACUACCAACACCUCCACCUCUUCAUCGACAACAAGAGGAAGAAAGUAUUUUACCAUACCCCUUCCAGAUUCAUUACCUGACUUCUUUUUUUUUUUUCUUUCCCCCCGUUUUGUUCUUUUGCUUUUUCUAGUCAAAGGGCCUUAAGGCAAAGAACAAAAAAGACAAGAUGAUCGCUCUGUUUUCCUUGACACUGGUGGUGUUUGCAAGCAGUCUACAAGUCGAAGCACAAGGUUGGGGAUCAAGGAUUAAGGUCUACGCCAACAAAGGUGACAAUAUCACCCUGCCCUGCGGACUGGAAGGUCAGUCUACUAUGUUUGGAAACAGAAUCAAGUGGACCAAACUUGACGAUGACUCUACAGAAACUGAUGUGCUCAUCUCCAUGGGGCUCCACAAGAGAACCUACGGAAAUUUCCAGGACCGCGUUUACCUGUUGGAGAUGGAUGACAAUGAUGCAACUUUAGUUAUUACAAACCUAGAUAUGAACGACUAUGGCACAUACAAGUGUGAGAUCAUCAACGGCAUGAACGACAAUACUGUUGAAGUGGACCUUGAAUUGCGAGGGGUUGUUUUCCCAUACUCCCCUCGUCUGGGUCGGUACAACCUCAACUUCCAAGAUGCAGAGGCCGCGUGUUUGGAGCAGGACGCUGUGGUCGCCUCCUUCGAGCAGCUCUAUAGGGAAUGGAGAAAUGGGAUGGAUUGGUGCAAUGCUGGCUGGCUCAAUGACGGAACCGUGCAGUAUCCCAUCACCAAACCCAGAGAGCCCUGUGGAGGCGCAAGGACCUCAGCUGGACUGAGAACCUACGGCCGACAGAACAAGUCCAACAGCCGCUUUGAUGUGUUCUGCUUCACAGCCAGCCUUAGAGGACGCUUUUACUACUUGAUCCAGCCCAAGAGGCUGAACUUUGAUGAUGCUGUUGACGCGUGUAAGAGAGACGGAGCUGAGAUCGCAAAGGUGGGCCAUAUAUACGCUGCCUGGAAGCUGCAGGGAUACGACCAUUGUGAUGCUGGUUGGCUGGCCGACGGUAGCGUUCGUUACCCUAUCUCCAGGCCCAGGAAGAACUGCAGUCCCACGGAGGCUGCGGUUCGCUUCGUUGGCUUCCCAGACAAAAAGCAGAAAUUGUACGGAGUCUACUGCUACAAACCUGAGCCAUAAAACGCUUCAUGACACAUAACCAAAGAGCAGCAAUACACAGAUUUCCACAAUCAAACUUAUGAAUGACUUUUUGCAUGAACUAGCCAUAACUGUGACAAUUAUAGAAGGUAUACUGUAAAAACCAAUUACAUACUGCAGCAUUCUGAAUAUUAAUGUAAACUGUUAUUCUACCUAUCAUGUACAAUUUAUAUAGAUUUGUACACAAUAUGUAUGAACAAAGAAGCAACGAGAAUAACUCCAAUUGCAUUCAUGAAGGAAUUUUUAGCUGGAAGGAAAGUUAAAGUCGCAUCAUUUUGAUCAAAACCCAUUUUAAAUGUACGUUUGUCAAAGAUCUCCAUUCUGAUAUUGCAAUUAAAUAUUAAAAUAUUAUUGAAUAGUAUAAAUUUGACAGAAAGUUUUUUAAACUUGCCCAAACUGAAAUAAAAAAUGGACCUGACACCCUUUCUUUUCCUAUAAACUUGUGUGAUCUUACUCAAAUUCUAAGUUUCUUUAAAACUAUGUAUUUUCUGUAUUUCAUGUGUUGCUUUAUCAUCCGAUCCUCUGAACUGUGAUCUCAUAUUAUCUGUUUGGAAUAUCAAAUGAAUGUGUUUGGCCCUCAGUUUUAAAAUGCUUAUUAACAACUAUAUGAAUACACUUUAUGUUCAUCCAUUGUUUCAUUGUAACAUUCGUUCCCUUAAAUGUGUAUUUUGUCUUUUUCUUGUGUUUCUCCCUGCACAUAUUUUCACAAGUAUUUCAUCACAGACAGAGACAGAAUUUGACAAACUGCUAAUGAUGCAUUGAACUUUGUUAAAAAGCAGAGAACGGCAAACAGAAUUUACACUCAGAGAUUCUUUGAGGACCAGUUGUAUAUUCAACGUUUCAAGACUAUCUUAAGCCUAACUGCUUAAGAUACGAAUAAGUCUCGAAUGAUAUCAAAUAUUCUCCACUUAUAACUUUGCUUCGAACUGAAGAAGCCACAGUGCACAUACGUGACAUGUUGCUUGAAUCUGUAAUUUUUUCCUUUUUUUUUUUUCUUUUUGAAAAAUCUGAAAUGCAUUGUAUGAAUCAGAUUUUAAAUGAAAAAUAAAACCCAUAAAAAUGAA